CACACCCCAAGUUACCACACUCAACAAACGAUGUAUUAACCAAGAGCAAUACAGAUGCAGUUACCCACACUACUACAACAUUCACAGAGACAGAUACCAACACGGAAAAUCACAAAACCCAAGUGUCCGAUUUUCAAAGUGCUAGCGAUGUAAAUACACAUAGUGCUAGUGACACAAGUAUGCACACUGUCCUUGACAAAGAUGCACACGGUGCUACUGAUUCAAUUACACUCAGUAAAAGUGACACAAAUGCACAGACUGCUAGUGAACUAAAUACGCAAAGUGCUAGUGAACUUAAUUUUGAAGGUGCUAGGGAACUAAACACACAAAGCGCUAGUGAACCAAAUUCACAAAGUGCUAGUGAACCAAAUAAACAAAGUCUUAGUGACACACAUACACAAAAUGAAGGUGACACAAGUGUAAGUAAGGCUAGUGAUUCAGAUACAAGAAGUGCAAGUGAACUAAAUACACAAAGUGCUAUUGAACCAGAUACACAAAGUGCUAGUGAACCGGACAUACAAACUGCUGGUGGACCAAAUACACAAAGUCUUAGUGACACUCAAACACAGAUUGAAGGUGACAUAACUAUAGAUUCUUCAACUGAUAUCCACACCUAUGAUGAGCAUGAUGAAAUUAACCUGCAUCAAGAAGUAGUGUCAGAUAGUGAGCCAAACCCCCAAGUAAAUUUUGAAGAAGAAUAUAUUCUUGUACUUGAACCCGUACCACAUUCAGAAAUGGAAACAAAACCCCAAGAAAUUGAUACAGUCUUAUCUAAACUUGACGUGCAAACUACUGAAACAGAUAUUCACGAUGGAAAUACACUUUUACAUGAAGUCCCUCAGAUCGAACCUGAGCCUGACACACACCAGCAGGUAGAUGCUAAGUCACAGAUGCUCACAAAUACAGGUAUAAACACAGACUCAGUUGAGAUGGAGGAUUUAGAGCCAGACAAUAGUCCGAGAAUCAACCAUGAAGGGCAGCUCACAAACAUAGAAACUGAUUCAGAAAGUAUAACCAAAGCUGGGUCUUCAGUCAAUGCUCAAUUAAACGAAAUUCAUUCAAACACUAAUGCAGAGACUUCAUCCCAAACUACUGGUGAUUCUGUGAUGGAGUCUGAGCAGGGGCAAACUAGCGACGACCCUGAAAAUAUCCACGACAUCACUGGGAUUUCCGAACAUAAUAUGUAUAGCGCAAAGAACUCGCAGACUAAUUCGGUUUCACAAAAUGAAACAAGUAUCGGAGAACAAAGUGAUCUCCAGUCUAAGAACGAGCAGCCAACACUCUCUGAAUCGUUUAUACAUCAUCAUGUUAGCACAGAGGGUGCACAAUUAGAAGCAAAUGCCAUCAGGGCUCAAACAGAUUUACCCACUGAGACAGGAACAGCCAGUGAUGCACAUGAAUAUAAAACAACUUUAGAAAUGGAUUCUACAGAACCAGAUAAAGAAAAUAGAAACGUUCACUUUAAAGAGUCAAGUGAAUAUGAAACCGCAAGUAACAUUCCAGAUGAGGAUCAGUCAGACAACACUAAAAAUGUAGAGUUAGUGGAAGAGACGUUGCCAAUCCAGUCCCAGCUAGUUUCUGUGGCUGAAAACGACGACCAAGAGAGGGUUUCUCAAUCAAGGGAUGACCCUGGAGAUGACCUCCCUUUAGAUGACAUUUCUUUAGAUGAGCAAAGUGGUCUGAACCUCUCUGACGAUGAGAAGAAUGAACAUGAUGUAGAAUAUCAUGUGAAAAGGGACGAAAGUGCCCCAGGGGAGAAAAAUGAGAGUGAAGCUCCUUUGAGUGAUGAGAUGAAAGCAUUGAUGAAUCAUAAGAUCGUUCCAAGAAAGCGCCGCCGCCAUGACAUAACAGAUGAGGAUGAUGAAGAAAAUUUCUUGAGCGGCGUUUUCAGUGCCAGGGAACACCACAUUAUUCACUUGGAGCGUAGCAAACAGGAGGAGGAGGAAAGUGAGGAAACUAAGAAGCGCAAGGAAAAAACGCAUCGUAAAGGAGAGAAGAUUGACCAUGAAGGAAGCGGGAUGGAACGAGCAGAGGCUAUACAGCCGCUGGGAUUGGACAACUACAGCCCGAGAAAAAUAGAGAUUGACAUGCAGUUGAUGGAGCGUCAGCUCGUCACGGAUUCGAUUCCUGCGGAAGAGAAGGAGAGGGUUCGAUUAAGGAAGUUAAGAAAGACGAAGAUAAACAUUGAGUAUGAUCUCAGACACCACCGAGAUGAGAUGAGAGGGGAGUACUUGGACGAUGAAGAUGAAGAGGAGCUGGAAGAGGAAGAGGAUGAUAAGAAGUUGGAGCCGGAUAGGAAUGAGUAUGGGAGGACCAUCAUGUCGAAGGAUAUGAGUCCGAUUAUGCAGUAUGGAUGGGAGUCCGGUAUGAGUCCGAUAAUUGAGAGUGGAUGGGAGUCCGAUAUGAAUCCGAUAAUGGAAUAUGGAUGGGGAGGUGACCUCAUCAAUGUGGGCGACAGGAAGACUUCCAGCCAGGGGGAUGAAAUAUCAUCAAAACCACACAUGCGUGGUGGGAGUUCAUUGGAUCAGAAUACAGUUGAACCUGACUUUGUAGGGUUACCUCCCGGCAUUGUGAUUGAUGAAAAUACAAGUUUAACUGAAGAAACCCAUCGGGAAGAUGUUGGUAGUGAAGGGGAGGAGAUUGAAAAUGAAGAUGAGGAGAUGGCUGGAUCUGAUCAAGAGCAAACAACCCAUCAUAAUCCAGCAGCUGCAGACAAUGAUCAGAGAAUUGUUCACAGAGUGGGAGAAACAGAACCCCAAAACAAUGAGCACAAACGACUACAGGCAGAAACUGAAGAAACUGAUGAGCAGACAAAUGCUCAAGAUGGUCAUUCUCAGGAGCGAGGAGCAAGCAAAAACAGAGAAUUGGCACAAGACGAGGCCGACCCAGAUAUCCAAGUUAUAGACGGGACAACUCUUCACCUCUCUGAUUUAUUGCCUACUCCAUUAUCUGAUGAAAUACAUACACAAAUAUUACCAACACCAACACAAGAAGCUGAUCCUACCAAUAUCCUUGAAGCAAAUCUUAACUCACAAGAGAUGGAUCUGAACCCGACACGCUCGACCGGCCGAGAAACCCCGGACAGAGAGCAAGAUGAGAAGUGGAUUGUCAAGGAUCAUCAGCAAAUAGAAGAUCAACACACCAAAUUCUUACGAGAAGCAGAGAACUUCAUGAAGACGAGAAGUACAGAAAAUAUGUCUCCACAGAUGGGGAGAGUCGUCAAAGACCUAAUGAGGAAAGGAAUUAUGGAUAGUGGCCCGAAGGAAGAAGCACCAAAUCAAGAUUUGAAACCAUCAACUGAAACCCAAGAUGGUCCACAGAAAUCAGAUGGUGAUGAUCUCAAGGAUACUGGCGCCACAGAUGAUUCUGAGAUAGUCUUGCCAUCUGGACAGGACUUGGACUCGGAAAAGGUUAACAACUUUUUCAAUCAGCUGAUGACGUUGCCUCAGUUUUUGAAUCAGCCACAUAAGGCCCUUCGAGAGCUCCAUAAAUACAUCGAAAAUCCCAGCACUAGAGUCGGACUGACGAAAAACGAGUAUCAGUUUAAGAGACAGCAAAAAGAAGAAGAAAAACCCCAGAAAUCUCAUGAGGAAGACAAAAUGGGAGCAGAGCAAACGAGUGAAGAUCAAGAUCACCACGAGCCUGAAUUAAAAACACCAAUGGAAGAGUUAGAGGAGAGUGAUCCAGAGAAACUCUUAAGAGAUGAACAUCAAAGUCAAGAUGAUCUCGCCGCUGGUGAAGCUUAUCUUCAAGCUCAGGAGGAAGAGAUGAGGAGGGAAAAGGAGUCACAAAUGAAGAAAGGAGAUGAGGGUGAUGCCAACCAAGGUGUCAUGCAAGAUGAACGAAGAGACACGUACGCAUCAUCGGCAGAAAACAUUCAGGAAGAUGCAAAACUGUUUGUAGAUCCGGCUCGUCUUCUACGUGAGAGUGAACAGCAAGAUGACCAAAAUGUUGUUCAAGUUGAAGAUGGGCAACAGAAAAUAAAUGAGGAGGGAGAAAAUAGUCAAGAUAUGCUGAAAGGUAGUCAAGAAAAUGGUGACCGGACUGAAGUCAAUCUACCAGAAGAUGAAGCCCCUGUUGAUAGUAUACCGGGUGGUAUUGCUGAUCGUAUCGAAAAUAUACUUCUGUCAAAUUUGAAUGGUGAACCCAGUUUGGAACAAAUUACAGAACAAGCCACCACAGUUGAAGAUGAACAACUGAACAUAAAUAGAUAUGAGGACGGGCAAAAUAGUCAAGAUAUGCUGAAAGAUAAUCAAGAAAAUGGUGACGGGACUGAUGGUCUACCAGAAGAUACAGCCCCUGCUGAUAGUAUACCCGGUGUUAUUGCAGAUCAGAUGGAUACAAUACUUCAGUCAAAUUCAAAUGGUGAACCCAAUUUGGAAGAAGUUAUAGAUCAAGGCACUACAGCGCCCUCUUUAGAUGAUGUGGAGUCAGGUGUCGGCAGCCCAUCAGAGUCUGAGCCCUCUGGUAGCCAAGAUGUCAAUCUUGAGCAGAAUGAUACACCUGAAAGUCAAUAUGUCCAUCUUGAACCGACUGAUGCGCCUGAAAGUCUGCAAGAGGGAGUAAACCACAAGGAAGUAUAUGUAGAAGUAACUUAUCCUAAUGAAAAUGAACUUGGGAAAGAAGCGAGUCACCAAGAUCCAUUAUUGAAUAAUCAAGGUCAUCAAGAAAUGAUUGUUUUGACUGAUGAAGAAGUACAACAUGUUGACUUAUCUCCAGUAGAAAAUUCACGCUCAGCAGAGAUGCACCAAGGUCAUGAAGAAAUGAAUGUUUUGACUGAUGCAGAAGCUCCACAUAAUGACUUAACCUCAUCGGAACAUUCACGAUCAGCAGAAACGCACCAAGAAAUAGAGGAACUGUUCGCCAGUUUGGAUUCGGUUGAUGUUCCAAAUCAGAAUCAUCAUCAUGAGAGCAUCCUAGAUGCCCACAAAAUGACUGAAGAAUCAAUCGAGGAGCCGCCUAAACUGAGCAGGCCACCAACAACUGAAGAUCCAUACCUUGAAGAAAUGCAUAAAAUGGAAAGCACAGUACACGCCCCUGUCGAGGAGCAAGAGAUGUUUGAAAAUAUGUACAACACUAAGGAGACGGACGAGGCCCCAUCUGAUGCUGGGACAGUUCUUGAACACUCUGAAACUCAAACUGAGGUAAAGGAUGAUGCAACAUCGAACCCACACCUUGAGGAAAUAGUUGCAACUACACCAACCCCCCCUGUGGCAUCCCAUGUACAUUUACAUGUAGCAGACACAAAGGACCAGCACGAGGGUAACAAUCCAUCGGAUACAGGAAGAAUCUUCGAAGGUGGUAACUCUGACAUUCAUUCUGACGUUGAGGUGGAGGUUGAAGUUGAGGAGGAGGUUGGUGGAGAUAUCCCCGGCAGAUUCAAUCGAAGGCAGGUACCGUUGGGUCUAGAUGAGGGGAAUGCUUUCUCCGACCCAGGCCUCUCGACGAUGAAUGAUACGUAUGAUGAGGAUCACUGGACCAUGACCGGCAUCAACAUGAUGAAACCAGUACUGGUGGCUAUCAAUAUAUCCCUGCAACCACUCAUGCAACUGUUGCCAGAUGAUGUUCAGUUAGCACUCCAUGGCGCAGACUUCUUAGGGAUACCUUGGCCGAUCCUAAUCGUCAUUGAGCUCAUCAGUUGCGCUGUCUUCUCUUUCCUUCUUUGUUUAUGUUUGUGUAGCUGUCGGAAUCCAAAAGCGUUUAAUUCAGCCAUGUUGGAUGAGAUUGAGGCACUACAUGGGCAGAAGGCUGACAUCUUGGAUACGCUGGACAUGACGACCGUGCAGUUCAAGACUCAGAAUCGGCAUUAUUAUGAAUUGAAGCAAAAUGCAGACAAGAACCAGAAGGAGCGAAGCAAACUUUCUCAAUCCUGUAAGGAUCUGAAAAACAAAAUACAAACCUUGGAGAAGGAGUUGUCGCUGAUCAAAUCCACAUCGGGGCAAAAUGAAAAGCAGCUUUCUGCCUCUCAGCAACAGGUUGACUUGUAUGAAGAGCAGGUCAGCACGGCCAGCCAGACUAUUACAGCUCUACAGCAACAAGUAUAUGACCUGGAGCGUAACCUGCAUGAGUGCGCCACCACCAUAGGUAUGCUGAAACAAGAAAAGCAGUCACUAUCAGAACAGAAUCAACUUCUGACGUCUACAAAAGAGCAGCAAUCUGAGGAAAUAGAGGGCUGGAAUGAGAGAGUGUCUGAGAUGAACGAACAAGUGGAACUCUUACAUGAUGAGAAGAAGGAUCUUGAAGAAUCUGUCACCUACAAAGAUAACGAGAUUGAAGUAUUGAAGGAUUGUCUACUCCAGCUGAAAGGACUCGAUGCUGAUGAUGAUGAACUAGAGAAUGAUAAAGAGGGCAAAGUUCAGCAGCUUAUGGAUGUAACCAGAGUGAGCGCUAAAUUAUCUCUUGUUGAAGGAGAGAAGACUGAGCUGGAGGCAAAGUAUGAGGCGGAAGUCAAAGGCAGACGAGAACUGGAAGCCAAAGUUGGAGCCCAGCAGCAGGAGGUUGACACAGCCAAGGCCAAUUACAAGAAGGCUAAGAGCAGCCUUGACGAAGCCCUGACCAAACUAGAUGUCAUGACUGAGUACUUCAAGAACAAAGAGGUUGACUUGCAGAGGAAACUUGGUCGUGAAGAGGCGCUACGUCUUCACAGUGAUUCUAAGCUAGAGAACGCCGAUGAGAAAGCGGCUACUGCUGAAGUGGAAGUCACCAACUACAGGACACAGAUCAAAGAUUUGAAGGAGGAAUUGGUGAAGGCCGAGAGGAAUUACAGAAAUCAAGUUGCUGCCCAUGAGAAGAAAGCUCAUGAUAGCUGGAUGUCUGUUCGUAAUGCUGAGAGGGAAUUACAAGAAGCUAAACGAGAGGCUGCCAAUCUUAGGCACAGGCUGACAGAACUUGAAGGUCGACGAGCAAAAACAGAAGCAGCUCCGUUGUUCAAACCAUCCCCAUCUGGACGUGAAGGGUCUCCGCCGCCUACUAAGCUAGGAGCACCCAGCAGAAACAGCCUUCUAGCCGAUACCCCUUCACCACCACGCCUAGAUCAAUCCCGAGCCUUGUCCCCAGGGCGUCCCAUAUACCCAGGCGACCAUCCCCCAUCACCCCCAGUAGACAAUGACUAUCGACGUUCAUCAAGAUCCGGCAGGGACUCCGGCCCACCCUCAUUCCCCGACGAUGGCCCUCCCCCUCCUCACAUGCGUCGUGAUAUGGACUACCCCCCAAUGGGGAGGUUACCCCCUCCUGGGCGUCACUCCAGAGGUCCCCCUAUGCAUGACAUGGAUGACUACCCCCAUGAUAUGAGGGACUACAGCCCGGACGGACCCCCUCCUGAUUUUGGAUUUGACCCGCAUGGUCCCCCACCUCCUGAUAUGGACUUUGGUCCCCACGGUCCGCCCCCAUUUAAUGGACCACCCCCUCCUCUGAGGCAUCCAUUCCCACCAAGAGACUUUCCCCCUCAUCCGGAUGAUUUCGACCAUCGAGGCCCCGUACCUGAUGACCGGGACUUUGGGCCACCGAUGGGCGACCAUGAGUUUGGACCGCCUCGUGGGUACGGACCUCCACCCCCAGGAAUGGACUUUGGGCCAAUGGGCCCUCCUCCACCUGGUGGUCCAAUGCAUGGUCCAGGGCCAUUUCCAAAUGAUAUGGGGCCCCCACCCAUGGAUAGAAGGGAACCUCCUCCCCCAAUUGGUAGACCAGGACCUGCACCAGGCCCCCAAAAUCCUGGUAUCCGACCCAACAGUCGUGGUCCCUUUCCGCCCCAAACAGGUCCUUCACCCUCUGGAAGAUUCCCACCGAGUGGCCCUCCAUUUGGGACUCCCACUGGACCCCAAAGAAGAACAUCAACUCCGCUGGAGGGGACGCCUUCCACACCACAAACAAGACCCGGUUCUAGACCAGCUCAAGGACCAUGAAGUACUUAGCGUCUAGCAGAUAAUACCAAACACCUACCAACUUGGAGAAAACUAAAUUAUAACCUUUUGUGAGUGAAUGAAGAUUUAUUUGGCGCAAUGUACUUACAUCCCUGAAGUCCUUCACUAUCAAUGCAGAAAUGUUUUUAAAAUGUUGUGUAGUAUUCUGACUUUGCAUUGCUGAAUCCACAAGGUCAAUAGUUGCGGAUAUUUAUGGUCCAUCAUUUUUUAUACAUCUUUAUUUGGGUAUGUUCUGUUUUUUAAAAUGCAGAUUUUUGACAGUGUGCUUUCUGCAUGAUAAUUUGUGUGCACAACUUUUGUACUUGCUAAUACCGCGUCAUUAAGAAUUAUGAACAGAAACAUUUCUGAAGUUGUUUUUCCCCCCCCCCCAGAAUAAAGCAGAUUGUAAUGAUGAUUGUUACUAUUGUGAAAUGAGGAUCCAAGUGCUUCCAUUACAAUAGUAUUACUUUCAUUUGGCUACACAUGUUUUAAAAUAGUGUGUUUGUGUUGGAAGUUGAAUCUCAGCAUGAUGGAAACCCAGUCCAGAAAGAUUUGUAAGAACCACCGAAAGGUUUUUUGUUCUGAUGAGAUUGUCCGAAACAGUGAUGAGAGCUCUUUGAUGGAAGUGUUUGUUAUUUAAUCAGGCGCUCUUUCCGGAACCCUCAGUUUUCAUGAUAACCUCGCAGACCUUAAAGGGCAAGUCUUCAUGAUCAUUGAGGGCCUGUUGCUGUACAUGGCAUAAUGAUCUCUAAUCGAGUAACUGCGCCCACAGGCUCACUGACCUUCACUAUAGUGAUGGCCAGCACACGCGCGGCGCCUGCAGUGAAGUGGGUGACAAACGGUUCAGACAGGUGACAAACUAAAAAAGAUUAGGAGCGACCUUAGAUUGACCAAAAUAACUUUGGGUUUCAGACCGACAAACUUAACAUAACAAUUGGGUUCGGCUCAUGACACGGUGGACAUCCGAAACCAAGAUGCUCCAGAAUUGUUCCGAAUGACUACAACAGUCGAUCUUUCAACUACCAGCACUCCCAGUUGCUCAUAACUGUUUCAGACGUAUCAUUUGGUUUGGCGCGACACUAGAGUGCCUGUCUGAACAGCAGUUAAUUCCAUCAUGUACAGCCACAAGCCUGACGACAGUGCCCAAUUAAAUAUUGAUGUGGCUCAUCAUUACAUGCUUCCAGCCCAAAAGUCAGUCUUAGUCUGUAAAUGUGUUGUUAUUGUUGUUAUUGUUGUUUUUAUUUGUAAUGGGUGUGCUUUACUGCUUUGGGCACUUUUUUUUGGCAGGGGGGGGGGUCUCUUUUUUUCAAAAACUAAAUUUUUUGCAUACAUGCUUUCUCUAUGGAUUGGGUAACUAACUGUCUGCAAGUUACUUGGUCACAGAUGCAUGAGGCGUGUUCUUUUCUCGGAUAUGUCAUAUUUGUAAAAUUCAUCUGAGGCUUAUGAAAUAGUUCCUUGUCAAAUAUUGUGCGUAGCUGCCAAAAUAAGGUUAAUGAGAUAAUGGGGUAGAGAUUGUUUGAUGACAUACUGUAAACAAUGAUUUUGGUUUUAAAUUCAUUGCCGUUAAAUUAUUUGUUCUUUUUUUAGGAUGAUUUAAUGAUUGAUUUUGUUGUUACUUCUUGAAUGAAGUGGCAUAUUGAUUGGUACCAUUUUAAUAUUAUGGAAAUUUAAGUCCAAAUUACAAUUGGUGGACAAAGUUUUUUUAAACCUUGUGAUUGAACUAUUAGGAUUUAGAAUAUGAAAAUUAAUUUAUGAUUUAUGAAGUAGAUGCAUGCUAUUUUAGACUAUUGACAGUCCCCUAGCCCCUGAAAUAGAGUCAAUGCUUCUUUACAGAAGGUUUUUUUCUUGGGUUUGAAUAAACCCAUUUUUGUGUUUACCUUGUAGAUAUUUUAUAAAAUUCAUCAAAGAAAAUGGUCUCUGCUUCCAAAUGCUGGUUGUUCUUCUUAAGGCAUUGUCAGACAUUUUCAUUGUGAUAUUGUUGUUUAUUGUUUUUGGUCUGUUGCUGUUGUUAUUUUUGGUGUUAUUAUUUACCAUCUUGUUUUGUAAAUUCACCAGCUUUAAAAAGUGCAAUAAAAUACAUCAGCAGUUUCUGCUGGGCAUGCCCAGAAAAGAUAGUUACUGCUACCAAACAUUCAGCAUUAAAGUUACACAUAAUUAAAGGUAUUAUACGGGGGUCUAUUUCACAAAGAGUUAGGACAAGUCUUAACCUAGGACUAGUCCUAGGAGAUUUUAAAAUAUGGCUAAUCCUAAGUUAGGACGAAAAUUAGUCUUUACUGUUUGUGAAAUCGACCCUGGAUUGAUAGAGCUGACGGAUAAAUGUACACUGUUGAAAAAACCUGUGGUUAAUUCAUUGUGUGUGCCCAUAGAAGAAAAAAAAGUGAAAACCAUGCACAUUUUUCAGCAUGUAAACCAAUGGCAUUAAUUUUGGUUUCAACAACGGAAAUCAGCUAUUGCAUUUUGUUAGGUUUUUAGAUAUUUCUUGAAUAUUGACCCCACUUUGGAGGGGAAAUAUUUAAUGGGGGAAAAUGGUGCUAGUAUAUGGACUUCAUAAUCAGUAAGCUUUCAGAGUAAAGUUAAAGGCACUGGACACUAUUAGUAAUUACGCAAAAUAAUUAUUA